UAUGUAAAACAGAUCACCAGAAAAAAUAUAAGGGCCCGUUUUUUCUCUCACACAUUAUUCAUUUCCCCUCUCUCCCUCUAUCUCUCCCCACUCUCAACCCUAUAAUCCCUCUCUCUCUCUUCAAUCCACAAUUUCUCUUUUCUCUCUUUUUCUCCGAACAAUAUCAUCUUUCUCUCUCCGCCGUAUGCGGCGGUGACGGUAUAUGUCUUGCUUCUCAUACAGAUUUUCCGCCCCUUCUCCCACCCUACGCCGCUUCCUCGAUCCCUCUCUUCCUCUUCCCCUACCGUAACCAUAUCUUUUUUCUCUCAUUUUUUUAUAAUUAUUAUUAUUACUAUUAUUAAUUUUUUUUGUUGCCGUUGUCGCUUUCAUUAUCUUCUGAAGUUAUUAUUUAUUUAGUUAUUUUUAUUUACAUGUUCGAACUCGUUUGUUGUGGACCCGAUUUUCCAUUCCUUGGUGUGACAACAAACGAAUAUAGAAGAAUUCAUCAUUUUACGUUUUUGUCCCUCCUAACUUAAAAGUAGCGUCAACCCUUCGUCCUUACGUGGUGUCAUCUGAGGCAAUGAUGAUGAAUCAUCAUCCCCGUAGGAUAUUGCCACUUGGCAGCACCAAAAAGCGCAAGCACGCUGAAGCUGACAAGCCAGCUACGCCGAAACCCGAUGAGCCGAUACCCCACAAUCGGCUUCUAGCCGGCUAUCUUGCUCACGAGUUCUUGACAAAAGGCACUCUGUUGGGACAAAAGUUUGAGCGUGACUCAGCCCGAGCCAGAUCUGACAUCCUUGCUGGCUCCAUCUCAGCCGAGCAAUGUAAGAGCCAGUCGUACUCUGAAGCCGAAGCUUCAGCCGUGGAGCCUACCCGACCAAGCGUGAGAAAGGACCACGAGAGUUACGGUGAGGUAGCAAGCAUUAUGAAGACAAAUGGGACCCACUUAAAGGGUAUUGUGAACCCCACACAGCUCUCUCGGUGGAUUCAAAUGUAGAGUUUCUGGAGUGGUGAUGACGUGGCGAGUUUUCAUUGGACAUCAGCACAGAGAUGUUUGUGCCUGUAAGCGUAUGAAUCGUAUUGUGCAAACUUUGGCACAGGUUAGUUUGUAGUCGAUGGGUUGCAAUGUUCGCAAAGCAUAAUGUUUCUUUCUUUUUCCUUUUUCUUUUUUGGUAUAUACAGAGUAUAAUAUUUCUACUUUGAAAGAAUGUGUAGAUCGUCAACACCUAUCACUUUUGCAGAUUCUUCCGUUUUAUUCAUGUGAUCAUAGGGUGGUUGUGUUGAAUUGUUAUAUAGACUAAGAUUAUCUAAAGUGUC